AUGGGGAAGAAGAUAUCCGGCGCGCAGAAGAGGAAGAAGAAGAGGGAGAAAGAAGAGCUCGCCGCGGAUAUGGAGAGGUUGAAGCUUGGACCGACCAAGAUAUGGACGGGGUUGGUGGUGCAUCACAAGGAUGUGUUCGUCUCGCAUGUGAUUCCGAAAUUGAAUAGGACAGAUCGGUUUUUCUUUUCAGAGGUGAACGGAGAGAGUCGGGGUGUGCUUACGUACGCCGGGGUAGACGUAUCGAAAUUAGGUGUAAGUGUUUUCGAAUGUUCAUCCAUUUCGACGUUAGAAUGGGCGUGGAAUAACAUACCCUGGGGAGAGAAAGAUGGGGAAGGAAACGUGAUAGAUCAAGCCUGGUUUUGCGCGGGAGUUGCUGGAACGAACAAACUCGAGUUUCUCAAGUGGGCGAGAGAAGUGAAACAUUGCGAAUGGGAUGAAGAGACGAUUAAUCAGGCAGCAUCUUUAGGUAAUCUCGAGAUGCUGAAGUACUGCUUCUCUAAUGAUUGCCCGUGUGAUGAAAAAGAGGCGUGUGGACAAGCUGCUAUUAAAGGACACCUCGACUGUAUUCGAUUUCUUGUCGACAAAGUGAAACCUUCGCGAGAGACGGAAGAAAAAGCGGCAAUGCUGGCAGCACAAUUUGGUCACACGGACAUCUUGAAAUAUUUCGUUGAAGAAAGAAAGAUAUCGCUUGAGGGAAAGUUCACCUGCGUCGGAGGCGCUGCAAUGUUUGGCGGACUCGAUUGUCUCAAAUACUUGGUCGAAGAGGCGAAAGUGCCUAUUAACUACUGGCGAUACACCGCUUGCGCUCGGUACUUCGAGCAACCCGAGUGCGAAAACUACAUGCUCGAAAAAGGGUGCCCAGAACCAACGGACGAAGAAUACGCUUUGUUUGUCAAGGACACAAAGCAGUUUCAGAACAGGCAAUGA